GGGGGGUUGCCAGGCACGCCAGACAUACGUCACGAUUGUUCCGCUCUCGAAUUCGAUCUUCAGCACAUCUGUCAAGUGCUGGGACGGUAAAGCUGCGCGCACUCUCGCACUCUGCGCGGCCAGGUCAAAUGAACGCGACUGUACAGGGAGUGCCUCGGAGAACGAGUGGUGACUUGAUGACAUUCUCGGACAAUGGACCUGGCCUCCUCCGGGGGAUCAAAUACUUGAGACACCUGGCCAAUGACGGGCACCGCAUAGCGGUCCCAGGCAACCGCAGAAUGGAUGAAACGAAGCCCCAUACUUGUAAUCAUGCGGCUUCUCUCGGCGAGUUUUGCGAGGGGAGGCGACAGCGACUCUCGACUGCCACCCAAUCCUAGGUAAACGCCCAAGUACUUGGCAUUCGGGGGGGACUAGUACGCAGCCACAUCCAGUCCAUGCCCUGCGAAAUAUCGACGGGCCUCCGCCCCGUCGAAAAUACGAGGAACAAUGAUGUGGCACUUGGAAUAAUUCACAGCCAAUCCUGCGGCCUUGGCUGCGCGCUGAAGCUCGGGAACGAUGACUGGGAGAACCGCGGGCAGAUGUUGCGUCUAUCGAACCAAGAUAGUCCGCAAAGGCACAUGCCACCAUAUCGUGGCAACUCUUCUGGACGAGGGUGGCCUUCAGGAUGGGACUCAGGAUCAAAGCAAAGAAAGCGCCCGAAAGCGGUCACCCUGGUUCCACCCCUCGACGGGCCCAGAAGCCCGAUGGGACACUUGUCACCAACGCCGAUGCAUGUCCAGCCCCCGAAGCACAGCGCGACAGUGGUCCCGGCGAUGUACUACGGCACCCUCAUCCUCCUCAGCACGGCAAAGCUCCACGGGUGGAAGACGAACGGGAAAGUUCUGUAAAAAGAAGAGGCGUCCGCCUGCUUCCCGGGCGCCAAGGGCGCGCGACCAAGAGAAGGGGGCCGCGUCAAUUUCGAGGGCGUCGUCGAGCAUCGAACGACCGCGAACGCAUCCACGUUGACGUGGCGCGACUUUGUCAGCUGCGAGGGAGUUAAGCGGAUGGGCAAGCAGCGACGAGUAAACCUUGUUGUCCGAAUUCCAAAGAAAGAGCUUCGGCACCUCCAGACACAAGGUCGCCCUUCGGCGGGACGGCGGCGCGGCAGCAAUUAAACUCCAUACUAAAUCGAUGCUCAUUCACCAUGCAGAGGGAACCGUCGUGCAAAAACUGGCGAGGCAGAUCCGGGGCGUUCCUCCAAAUUGAAUAGGGCGCACCGUCAGGGCCAGGGGCAGCAUCGUUCUUUUUGGCGAGGGGGGCCGAGCAUCUGUUCGUGGCUGACCACGAAGUCCACACGCUGAUGCGAAUCAGAGACAUACGGUGGUCCUUGCUCGUCCAACGGCCCCACCUGGGCGAGGAACAAAUCAGCGGCGGCUGGGCCAAUCUGAGCGUCGUCCUCAGCCUCAAAGACGCCGCCCCAGCACUGGGCAGGCAUACUGGCCAUGAGGGCGGGAUCCGCGAUCGUCUGGCCCGCCG